AUGGCUGCGGACCCGAAGGGCAAGGCGCGUGCGCGGGAGAGCGACGAUGAGGAUGCGGGCGAGAUCGUCAAGAGCGCGAAGAGCCUGAUGAAGCAUGCGCUGAUGAUGCGCGGCACGCGGGACACGAGUGCGCAGCUGUUCACGGCGCUGUGCAGAGCCCUGGGCAUCCCCGCGCGGCUGAUGGUCAGCCUGCAGAGCGUCCCGUGGCAAGCGAGCGUCGGGAAGCCGAAGGCGCCGGCGAAGAAGAAGGGCGGCAAGGGCAAGGGCAAGGCUGUCGAUCCGAGCGACGAAGACGACGAGGAGAUGGAGAAAGUCGAGAUAUCUGCCCCGCAGAGCGCUGCUGCUGCUCCGUUGUCUGAUGGGGGCAAGACCAAUGGCACAUUCUCGGGAGAAGGCCAGCGACUUGACGGCCAGACUCCUGCCGUAAGUGCCAAAGGCAAGCAGAAGGCUCCUCCCGUCAUCAAGCUCAGAAAGUCGAGAGGACGCAAGCUUGGUUCUGGCUCUGCCGACAAGCCCCAGCGACGCGAGCGCACCCCGGAUCCAGCCACGACGCCGCCCGUCUUUUGGACAGAGGUCUUCUCCCGCGCAGAUGCGCGCUGGCUCCCGAUCGACCCGAUCCGUUGCAUAAUCAACAAGCGCAAGGCGUUUGAUCCUACGCCCCAUAUUUCCGCAAAGCAGACAGAUCCGCGACUGUACAGAGUCGAGAACCGUAUGGUAUAUGUCCUUGCUUUUGAGGAGGACGGCUUUGCGAGGGACGUCACCCCCCGAUACGCCAGGGAGUAUGGCGCAAAGGUCGCAAAGGUGCAGCAGGGAGGCAAAGGCAGGAAGGAGUGGUGGGAGAGAAUCCUGAAUUUGGUGAAACGUCCUUACAGAUUGGUACGUGGCUUUUUCCUAACAACCCCCUCCCCUUCUCCGCAUUCAGAACCUUCGAGUGACCGUGCAUCUCCGCCGCAGAAUCGUGAUGAUCUGGAAGACGACGAGCUGCAGAUUAAUCAGCUCACUGAAGCCAUGCCCACCACCAUGGCGGGCUUCAAGGAUCAUCCCCUAUAUGUGCUUGAACGGCACCUGAAGCGCGACCAAGUCAUUCACCCGCUUGUGGAACUGGGCAAGUUCCGUGGGGAAGCCGUCUAUCCGCGCUCGUCCGUAGUUGCCUUAAAAACUGCCGAGAACUGGAUGCGGCAGGGUCGUACAGUCCGGGAAGGUGCUCAGCCCAUGAAGUGGGUCAAGCAGCGCGCCAUGACCGUCAACAAGCAACGAGCCAUCGAGAUGGCGCUGGCCGAAGGCAAGUCCCGCGAGGAUCAGCCCGGGAGCGAGGGCUUCGCUAGUCAAGACGGUGUCAUGCAGGGCAUGUAUGCGGAGAGCCAAACGGUACUCUACACGCCCGAUCCAGUCGUCAAUGGCAAGGUUCCGAAAAACGACUUUGGGAAUAUCGACUUGUAUGUGCCUACCAUGCUGCCUGCGGGGGCGGUACACGUUCCAUAUAAAGGUACGGCGAAAGUUGCCAGACAGCUAGGGUUCGACUACGCGGAAGCGGUGACAGGUUUUGAGUUCAAAAAGCGGAGAGCGUUCCCUGUCAUCACAGGCAUAGUCGUCGCAGCAGAGAACGAGGAUGUCCUGCUUGAGGCGUACUGGGAAGCGGAACAUGAUGCCGAAGAGAAGAGACGUGCCAAACAACAAGAACAAGUGCUCAAACGCUGGACAAGGCUGGUGCACGGUCUUCGGAUUCGACAACGUCUGCAGGAACAGUAUGCCGGCUCUGAUCAGCUUGCUAACCGACCCAUGGAUGACGCGGAAGAGGAUAUUCAGGGACAAGGCGGGUUUCUCACUGGCGCAGAUGCUGUCGUCCAGCGAUACACGUUGCCGCGAACUGUUCACGAGGCUCCUCAGCCUUCUACCACUGUAUCAUUAAAAUCUCAAAGACAACAGAAAGACGAAGAUCCUGAGACUGAAGUGGCACAAAACACCGUGUAUAGCAUUGUGAUGAAUGAUCUGAAAGAAAUCGGCGACGGAACUGACGAAGACAAUGAUAUGGAAGAGGUGAUACCACCCUCUUUGUCUGAACAGCUCGACAGCCAGUCACAGCGUGUGCCGAAGACCAUGUUCGAACUUGCUGAAGAGGCUAUAAGACAACACGAGGAUCGGCCCGGGGAACAUUUGUCUCAAAAUGCUCGGAUGACGUUGUCAGCACCAGACGCCGCCCCAGGUCUACAAUUACGACGAUCAAAAGCUGGCGCGCAGACGACGUCAAAGAGCACGACGGCUCGGGGUAGGAAAGUCAAGAUGGCCAAACAAACGCCGAACCCCGAUGCCAGGGGAAAGAAGCGUGCCAGAGAAGACGAUGAAAGCUCCGACCCAGCAUCGGAGGGCGAGAAUGGCCGUUCUCAUUCGCCGUCCACAAUUAAACGCGCUAGAAAGGCUCCGGCUGUGGUUCCUGCAAGUACCCGAGUUCUCAGAACGCGCAGAGCAAAGAGCGCCAGUCAAAUCCAAGAGGAACAAGAGAGGGAGAAGGCAUAUAGGAAAGCCAUCGCGGGAUAA